AGACGCAGACGGUUACGUCCUCCUCUUCGACGAAAGUUUAAACAAGGUGACUAGAAAUAAGCAAAUGGACAUACACGCCAGGAUUUGGGAUGAAGGACUGGUUGGCACCCAUUACUUCACCUCUCUAUUCAUGGGACAUGCCACAGCUGAGGACAUGAUCGAACACUUUGAAACUGGCACGGACGGGCUCAAUAUGAGAAGACUUCUACAGCUGUCCAUGGAUGGACCUUCCGUCAACUGGAAAUUUCAUCGCAUGUUCCAAACCAAGAUCUCUUCCACUUAUGACCACUUUCUUGUGAAUGUUUGGAGCUGUGGGCUUCAUAUCGUACAUGGAGCAUUUAAGGAUGGUGCAAGUGCAUCUGGUUGGCAGAUUCAGGAUGUGUUGAGAGGCCUUUACACGUUAUUCAAGGACACGCCUGCACGAAGGGAAGAUUUCAUUAAAUGUACAGAAUCAACCACUUUCCCAAUGAAAUUUUGCCCCCACAGAUGGGUGGAGAAUGUUCCUGUGGUUGAACGAGCACUCUCCAUAUGGCUUAACAUUCAGAAGUAUGUGAAACAGGUUAAUAAAGGACAUUGUGACAACCCAAAGACAGUUUCAUACAAGACUGUAUCAGAUGCAACCAAAGACAAGAUUAUUGUUGUAAAACUUUUGUCAUUUUUGUCUAUUGCCAAAACUAUUCAGCCAUUUUUGACACAAUACCAAACUGACAAACCAAUGCUACCAUUCCUGGCUGAGGAUUUGUUUCGUCUGAUACGAUCUUUAAUGAAAAGGUUCCUCAAAGAAGAUGUGGACAUAAGCACGGUAAACAAACUUGUUAAGGUCAAUCUUGAAGACAAAGAUCUUCACAAGAGCUACACUGAUGUUGAUCUCGGGUUUGCGGCAGAAAAGGAGCUCAAGAAAAUCAAGAGCUCUUCCUCUGGGCCUAAAGUUAGUGACAGAGAGAUCCUUGAGCUACGCAUGCAAUGCAAAGGGUUUCUUAUCAAACUUGUUAGCAAGCUCCUUGAAAAAUCUCCUCUUAAAUACCCCCUUACUUUGCAAAUUUCUUGUUUGGACCCAAGACAAAUGGCAACAAACAAAACCGUGUGCAUCACUAACAUGAAAAAACUGUUGGCCACAUUACUGGACGCCAACCAAAUGCGUGGAGGAGCAUGCGACACUGUACUCCUACAGUUUGAAGAAUUUCUGGAAACAACUGUUAUUGGUAACAUGUCAACAUUUUCCAACUUUGACCCACAUAAACCUGAGAGUAGACUAGAUGCCCUGAUGUUUGAAUCUGUUGCCCUAAAUCAGCGAAUGGCACCUUUGUGGAAUGUUAUGAAAAACCUUCUUCUCCUGUCGCAUGGACAAGCGACGGUCGAAAGAGGCUUCUCAGUGAACCGACAAAUUGAAACAGAAAACAUGAUUGAACAAACUGUUGUAUCUGAACGACUUGUGUGUGAUCACCUCAAGGGAAUCGGCGGAUUGAAAAACAUUGAAGUAACAAAGGAAAUGUUGACGUACUGUUCUUCUGCUAGACAGAAGUAUUCCUUGUACUUAGAUUCCAAGAGGGAAGAGAAACUUAAUGCAGAAAAACUUGCCUAA